AUGCACGAUUCUUCGAACUUAUCACAUACCAAUGGCGUCUAUGGUCGACCUUUGCGAUCCCAAAUCGCGAGACCAGUCAAUCACACUCCUAGAAGCAGAACCUCAUCAUUCUCAGAUGCCGAAGAUACUGGCCCAGUAUCAGCGCCUUCGGCUAUCAAGCGAUCUACCAGUCGUGGAAAUCGCCUGUCCAUGCUUCCGCGCCCCGGCAUUGGUAGCACAGCAUCUCCAACUACGCCAUUGUUGGCUUCCUCUUCCCGGAAUCCUUCCCAGCCAAUUCCCUCCUCGCUUUCAAGCCCGGAGAUUAAUAACCCCUCGCUUUCCGUUGCUGGACAACAAUUACCCCCGCCAAAACGAACCCGGAAUGUUCUUCGACGGAAGGCACCGACAAUAGGGAAACAUGUGGAGCAAUCGCACUCCGACAAGCUUAGCCUUGUUAUUCCACAAGAGCCCCAUUCUCUCGUUAUGAACAAUGUGUCAGGACACGGAAAUUCGUCAUCCUCAAUUUCAGCGCAAUCGGCUUCCUCUUACAAACCAGCUCACAAGAAUGACAGCAAUGUGGCGGUUAACCCGGUGAGGUCUAGGUUCAAUGGCCCGGCAGAGCUGGCAAGUCUUCGAACGACACUUGAUACGCAAAAUUUGCCAGCACCUCCCACUCCAUUUUUAUUGUCAAGCAGCCCCUCAACAAGAUACUCAGAGUCUCCGAGUAUUUGGAGUCGGGGGUCUACCCCAACAUCAUUAUCGUCAUAUUCCCCCGGCAUCACAAAGAUUGGUCGUCUAAGACAACCCAGCCCGUCCCAAACGAGAUUGCCUGUCUUUUCUCCUCCAUCGGCACAUGCAAGUCCUCAGCAAGAGCGGCUUGAGCUGAAGACUCAAAAGCGGGUACUUCCUAAGCCUUCUGCUCCAAGUUCUGGAGCAACCGGCAAAAGCCAGAGAGUACUACCAUCUAAAUCUCCCUCUACAAUACCCCGAGGUCCACCUUCCAGUCCGCCUCCAAGAAAGUCAUCGGUCAAUUUCAGCCCUCCAAAAGCCCGCGAAAUCGACGUUGAGCAGGCUAGAAGGGAGGUAGAGGAAGCCGAGAGGAGUUUGUUUGAGUCACAAAAGGCAAUGGAACGUUCACCCGCGCGGAAUGCGGAGACACCACGAACUCCACCACGACCGAGCAGAGAUGGAACGCAUCGUUUGCAGCUUGAGACAUCACCAAUUGUUCAAAGCAAUCUACGCUAUAUUAGAACAACUGGCCACACAAGACGUGAGUCGAUAGAGAAGAUCAAAGCAACCCAACGGCCACAUCCAACUCCCAAUCAAUCUGCCGCUGCAUCGAUCGAUUCGCUGCAAUCAAGAAGCAUUUCUCAAAUCCCUUCUCGGGAUGGUGGAUCUCCCAUACUAUCCAAAAAGACACCUCAGACAUUGACUAAAGUGACUUCCAACGAGAAGCCGGGUUCAAAGCCCAUGCCAACACAAAAGCGGUUUGGCCUUUUCACAAAGAAGUCCAAGCCGGAUAUGUCAGAGAAUCUAACGGAGCAAGCUCGAGCCACUCGCAAAGGCCCAGCAGCGGGAACAGGCCACGAGGGCUAUGGAAAAUACGGACAGCGCGGCCGCAAAGCAAGCGGUAGUAGCAGCAGCGGGACAAGAACCAGAUCGACAAGCACGACACGGAGCGCCACUAGCAAAGGGAGUCAAUCGAGUCGCCCGGAGUUAGACAUUGACGAUUUUCUAAUGAGCCGUCUCGAGCCUGUUAUUAUCAAUGGUGGUGGAUUAGACGGUGCAUCCUUGUCACGAACGCAAAGUGAGCAGAGUUUCAGCAGCAUCAGCGUUGCGUCGACUUCUAAUCUGCCGCGGCAAACUCUCCUGUCGUACUCAACUUCGACUGGCCAAUCUACCGAAUCCCUUGCGACUUCGACCGGCACGUUCGGUGAGACUAUUAUGCCAAGUUAUUCUAAUGACAACGGGCCGAUUGGAAGCAAGAGCUUUGAGUACAAAGUUAAUGCGAGUGAUCAUUCAAAUGCACCGAAGUCGCGCAUGCCCGUCCCAAGAGGAAAGAGACACGGAAUUUUUGCAAACCCUCAAGCUGCUGUCACAAACACGUCUCUUCCUAGCCAUGAGCCAAGCACUACCACCUCACACCAACCGAAGCGUGCCCAAAAGUCCCCCGAGAAGUCACCCAAAACCGACCAGGUUGCAAAACAAGCCAAGAAAGGAAAGACAUCCAUGUGGAACUUCUUCCAGAAGAACCGUGCCAACGAGGAGAAUAUUUCAGUCUCCCCAACGACCUCAUUCCAAACUGCGAAGCUCCAUGCGGCGAUCUCACCAGUUGUGAAUAGUCGGCCCGUUGCCCAUUAUGCCUUGGUGGAUGCUGAUUCGGACGAGCUCGAUGAAAUCAUCAACAACAUCGAAGACUCACCACCAACAGAAGAGGAAACGAUUUUCCAUCCUGUGGAAAUUCCAAGAGGCUUGAGCGUCAGAAAAAGAAAACCUUCUAUUCUAUUGCCAUCCCCGCCAAAGAUGCAUGGCGAGUUUGAAAAUGAUGAUCGCCCAUCGCCGAGGACCGCCAUGUUCAACGGUAACCUUAUGAACCCGGAGCUCGAGGUAUCACCCAAACAACGUCCAAGGCGCUUGGCCUCUAUCGGUCGGAUUCCACCGGUAGUUUCACGGCGCGAUAGACACCACCAACCCGCCAUGCAGUCUUUCUCGCGUCCGUUCAGUGUUGUCGAAUCUCCUUCCCUCACGAUUCCAACGACACAAAGCUCAUACGAAUCUCCAACUAUCGCUAAUAUUCCGUUGAAUCUGGGGAUUGGAUCGAAUGAAUCUUUUGACUGGGGCCAUGGAUUUAACCCGACCUUUAGCGCUUCUGAGCAGACCAGCGCUUUGGAGUUUCUUGCUGGACCAUUCACAACUUAUGAGUUCCUUCAAUUCCCACCGAAGAAAGGCUCAACCUCGUCCGAUAGCUCUGGGGCUCUGGCUGCCGUUACAGCCGUGGCUCCGGUUCCAGGUUCCCCGCCGACCGAAGACGAAGUGUGGAAUGAGUACGAUGAUCUUAUUGAUCAUGUUCUAUCGCCAGAUGAACCGAAGCCCGAGGAUCCCGAAAAGACCGAAGAAGAGGACAGGUUUGAACUUGCGACAGUGGCGAGCAGGGCUCUUCAGGACGGAUUGAAUAAUGCCAAUCACCCUCAGUCAAUGCCUGGUCACAAUUCAGUCCGCUCGAGUGGCAGCUCUGUUCAUCUUCGCCGCUCCCAGAUUGUCUCUGCUUUGCAAUCGUCUACCGCCCCUUCAUCUCAGCCGUCUUACAGUGAUCUUGUUGCUGGGUAUAGAGGUUUAGAUGAGGAGAAGCCCCAGCAGACGCAGAGUAUUGAUCCCACCGAGAACUCUUCAAAAGAUCAGCGACGUAAACAGCAGUCGACGUUUCUCAACUCCCUUGCUGCUGUUCCUUCACCUAGACCAAAGUUCCAUCGAGAACAAGAAGCCGCAUCUCCAGAGCGUGAGUGGGAUGCAGUAACACGGACUAACAUGCGUUCUGCUUCGCUCAUGACUAGUCGCUGGUUGUCCUUCGGUCGAGUUCUUUUCAGCCCAGCACAUAAUCACGUCAAGCCCGGAGGACACGGACGAAUUCUUGUUAUCGACGGACUGGGAAAUGACGACUGGUCUUUCUACUGUUCCUUGACGUAUCCUGAUGCCGAGGUAUACAGCCUGGGUGGACGUCCUGUAUCUACAGCACCUCCCCACCCCGCAGCAUGGCAACCCCCUACCAACCAUCACAUCGUGUAUCACGCAGGACUGGAGAACCCUCUCCCCUUCCCAAAGGACUACUUCACCGUCGCCGUUCUAAGAUUCCCCACCGCCUGCGCCGAGACCGUCCAAGGUAACAUCAUCCAAGAAUGCAAACGCGUUCUCCGCACAGGAGGGUAUCUAGAAAUGAGCCUUCUAGACCGCGACAUGGUUAACAUGGGCCCUCGCACACGCAAAGCCAUCCGCCAACUCAAAGAAAUGACCUGUCUCUCCGACUCAACCAUCAGCCUGAAACCAACCAGCGACAGCGUCCAACGCGAGCUCGGCGCCCAGGGCUUCGACAGUCUCCGUCGCUGCAUGGUUCGAAUCCCAGUCGCAGGCAUGGUCGUCCAUUCCUCAGACUCCAGCUCAUCAGCACAUUCCAUUUCAACAGCAACCCCUUCUACUGCAUUUUCGUUGCCGACCAUAUCCGUCACAACUGCAGGUGGUAGCCAGAGCACGGGAACUGACUCAAAAUCACCCAAUGAUGCAAAUAUCUCUCUCGGCGAUUUGCUCUCUGAUCCUUCCCCGUCGCCGGCAAAUGAUGAGUCAAUCGCUAAGAUCGUUGCUCGCGUCGGACGCUGGUGGUAUUCGAAAUGCUAUGAGGACCCGAUUUUCGAGAAUGGGAAUACUCAGCAUCCGAGCAUUUGGAAUGACCGCAAGGUACUCCGCGAAUGUCAGAAGCGCGGUACCGGGUUCCGCAUGUUCAUUGCAUACGCUCAGAAGCCUAGUGAGGUUCCGCGACGCACGGCUAGUGUGUAA